AGGGGACAGGGGGAGGUCAGGGGUAUAUAUCACCCAAGGCAGCUCAGGUUGACAACUGCUCUUCCUCCCUGAGGCCACUGCACGAACUGUGAGCCACCAACAUGUGUGACGACGAGGAAACCACUGCCUUGGUCUGUGACAACGGCUCUGGCUUGGUAAAGGCUGGCUUUGCUGGUGACGAUGCCCCCCGAGCUGUCUUCCCCUCCAUCGUGGGGCGGCCAAGACACCAAGGUGUCAUGGUGGGCAUGGGUCAGAAAGACUCCUAUGUGGGAGAUGAAGCUCAGAGCAAAAGAGGUAUUCUCACCUUGAAAUACCCCAUCGAGCAUGGCAUCAUCACCAACUGGGAUGACAUGGAGAAGAUUUGGCACCACACUUUUUACAAUGAGCUCCGGGUCGCCCCUGAGGAGCACCCCACCCUCCUGACGGAGGCACCCCUCAACCCCAAAGCCAACCGGGAGAAGAUGACCCAGAUCAUGUUUGAGACCUUCAACGUACCCGCCAUGUACGUGGCCAUACAGGCAGUGCUUUCCCUCUAUGCCUCCGGGCGUACGACUGGGAUAGUGUUGGAUUCUGGGGACGGCGUCACCCACAACGUACCCAUCUAUGAGGGUUAUGCCUUGCCUCAUGCCAUUCAGAGACUGGAUCUGGCUGGCCGUGAUCUCACUGACUAUCUGAUGAAGAUCCUAACUGAGCGGGGCUAUUCCUUUGUUACUACAGCUGAGCGAGAGAUUGUUCGAGACAUCAAGGAGAAACUAGGUUACGUGGCUUUGGACUUUGAGAAUGAGAUGGCUACUGCUGCUUCCUCCUCUUCUCUGGAAAAGAGCUAUGAGCUACCUGAUGGGCAAGUGAUCACCAUUGGCAACGAACGUUUCCGAUGCCCUGAGACCCUCUUCCAGCCCUCUUUUAUCGGAAUGGAGUCCGCAGGUAUCCAUGAAACCACUUAUAACUCCAUCAUGAAGUGCGACAUUGACAUCCGGAAGGACCUCUAUGCCAACAAUGUCCUCUCUGGGGGCACCACCAUGUACCCUGGGAUUGCUGACCGUAUGCAGAAGGAAAUUACAGCGUUGGCUCCCAGCACUAUGAAAAUCAAGAUCAUCGCUCCUCCUGAGCGGAAGUACUCUGUGUGGAUCGGGGGCUCCAUCUUGGCUUCCCUCUCCACCUUCCAGCAAAUGUGGAUCAGCAAGCAAGAGUAUGACGAAGCUGGGCCAUCUAUCGUCCACAGGAAAUGUUUCUAAACAUCUCUAUGCCAUUGCACUUCCCCAGUGUUCUGCUACUCAUUUCGUGGCACAACUACCAUCUCAAAUUUCAGGACACUCAGUCCUUUUUUCCACUACAUCAAAAUCCCAAAGCCAUGAAAAAAAAGAAAUGUUUCUGAAGGCACAUUAGUUUCUCAGGAACCUAUUUACACAGUUGUGCUCUUCCUGGUGCUUCUUCCAAUGGAGAUGAUGCUCAAGUCCCUUCAACAUACACCUGUGUUUUUCAAAAGUAAACACGUCUUUAAAAAUUGUCAAA